AUGGGUUCAACUUGCAAAUGUGAAUUCAGGAAAAACGAAACACCUGAGAGCGAAAUAACUUAUUUAUCAAAAAAUAAACAUUUCAAACAACAAAAGAAAUUAAAUGAUCAACCAACCAUGGCAUGCCUUAUGUAAAAUGUAAGAGCAUUUUAUAUAAUCUAUCCUAAAAAAAAUGAGAAUCUUAUCCAAUUGCAAUAGCAUCUCCAAGAAAUCAAUAAACAUGAUGAAUUUGAAAUAGAAGAAUGCUUUGAGUUAAUUUCAGAUAAUUCCUAUCAUAAUGUAGAAAGCUGUUUCAAUAUUAAUGGAAUCUCGUAUGGAUCAUUUAAAAUGAUUAACCCCACAAGUGAAAAAGAACUUCGAUGA